CCUUUCCCAAAGAAAAGAAGAGGAGAACUAGGUCCGGGGAGGAGGGCCGCCGCCAUUAUCGGGAAGCUGACAGAAAUACCACUUUCACACACGCCAUCCGCUCGUAAAUUGAUCGGGACAUGAGCGGUCCGCGUAGCGGCGAAGGCACGUUUGAAAGAGAAACACCACGGCGAUUGAAACAAACUCACCGUUGUCUCGUGUGCGCGACCGGCCCAGCGUUAUGUGGGCACAACAAUGGACAGAAUAAUUAUUGAAAAAGCAACGUGGUGAACCGGGAGGAGGACGAAUAAGCAGAUUUUAUGCACCCGGGUCUCGCAUGAGGAGGAAAAAACACCCAUGCAAGAAGAAAAUCGGAUUGUUCUAUUGUUCGGGAUAUUCAUUUCUGCCUUGCCCGUGUUUAAUUGCAACGAAAAACAGUGAUGCAAAACACGAGAAUCUGGCGUACACGGGUGGUGGAUAUUUAAUUCAAACGAGCCCGUCGCGCACGUUUCAGUGAAAUCGGCGUUGUGUGUGAAAAGAAGCAGUUCGCAGUAUAUUCUGCGGCUUUUGCUUAUGCACAUCAGGCGGCGAGGGCUGCGGCAAGCCUGACAGAUGCGAGAGGAGAAAGGGAGAUAUGCGUUGGAUCUGAUUCAUACAAGGAGUGAAUGAAGCUCAAACCACAUCACUGCUAUUUAUUAUAACUGAAGCCCAGAAGAAGAAAGAGAAACCUUAUCUCCUCUCUGGAUCAAGAACUUUAUGGACAAACAUUUAAUUAAACUCCUUUAUACAGUGCCUGUUCAUGGCAGGAUGAGUGUCAGCAGGCUAUGAUGGCAAAAAAGCAAGAUGCACGGUCGCCCAUUUACAACCUCAUUGUGGUGGGUUUGUCAGGAACUGAGAAAGAAAAGGGGCAGUGUGGGGUUGGAAAGUCCUGCCUGUGUAAUAGGUUUGUGCGACCUAGUGCUGAUGACUUCUACCUGGAUCACACAUCAGUGUUGAGCACCAGUGAUUUUGGGGGACGAGUGGUUAACAAUGAUCACUUUCUGUUUUGGGGAGAGGUGGCACGAGUUCUGGAGGAGGGGCCUGAGUGCAGGAUGCACGUUGUGGAGCAAACUGAAUUUAUUGACGAUCAGACAUUUCAGCCACACCGUAGCACUGCUAUGCAGCCCUACAUCAAACGGGCAGCCGCAACCAAGCUGGCCUCUGCAGAGAAGCUCAUGUACUUUUGUACUGACCAGCUAGGUCUGGAGCAAGACUUUGAGCAAAAGCAAAUGCCUGAGGGCAAGCUGCAGGUUGAUGGCUUCCUGCUUUGUGUUGAUGUGAGCCGGGGCAUGAACCGAAACUUUGAUGACCAGUUGAAAUUCAUCACAAACCUGUAUGGACAGAUUAGCAAGACUAAGAAGCCCAUUGUACUGGUCCUCACAAAGUGUGAUGAAGGAGUUGAGCGAUACAUCAAAGAUGCACAUACCUUUGCUAUUACAAAAAAGAGUCUGCCAGUAGUUGAGACAUCAGCACGCUCAAAUAUAAAUGUUGACCUUGCCUUCCUUACUUUGGUUCAGCUUAUUGAUAAGGGCAGGGGCAAGCCCAAGAUCAUACCAUAUUUUGAAGCCCUAAAGCUCCAGAGUCAGCAGAUAGCCUCUGCCAAGGAUCGCUAUGAAUGGCUAAUCAAUCGUAUAGUAAAGAAUCAUAAUGAAACUUGGUUAAACACUUGUCGCCGCAUGAACACCUCCCCAGAGUACAAAGAAUAUGUCUUCUUGGAGGGAACGGCAAAAUGCAAGAAGCUUUUUCAGCAGCAUGUCUACCGGCUGAAGCAGGAACAUAUUGAGAGACGUCGCAAAAUAUACUUAAGCACUCUUCCCUUAGCACUUAGUUCUUUGGUGCCUGACCUGGUUGAGAUAGAUCAGUUGAGCUGGUCCGGGGUGCAGAAAGUCCUAGAAUCCAAGCAGCACUUUACCCACUGGUUUGUUGUUUUGGAGGACUCGCCAUGGGAAGACACAUCUCACAUUGAUAACAUGGAAGAUGAGCGAAUCCCUUCAGACCUCCUGGAGACUGCAGAAGCCGAGGACAUAUUUAAUGCCCACCUAGAACACCUGCGUAAUGAGUGCAGACGGGCAGAGAUGAGGCAGGAGUUUAAGCAGAAGUUGGCCUCCUCCCCCUUUAUCACUCCUGGUAAACCUUGGGAGGAGGCCCGCAGCUUCAUAAUGAAUGAAGAGUUCUACCAGUGGCUGGAGGAGGCAGAGUAUUUGGACCUGUACAACCGCCAUCAGAAGGAGAUCAUUGACCGCGCAAAGGAAGAUUUUCAAGAGCUUUUGUUGGAGUACUCUGAACUUUUUUAUGAGCUUGAAGUCGAUGCCAAGCCAAGCAAGGAGAAGAUGGGUGCAAUACAGGAGGUUUUGGGGGAGGAACAGAGGUUCAAGGCUCUACAAAAGCUUCCUGCUGAAAGAGAUGCUCUAGUAUUGAAGCAUAUCCACUUUGUCUAUCACCCCACCAAGGAGACCUGCCCUAGCAGCCCUCACUGUGGAGACUCUAAGAUUGAACAACUUUUAGCCUCACGCUUCCCCACAUGUUACCCCUUUUUUGAUGUGAAAGCUCAUUUUGGGGACACCAAGGCUGACAGAAUUAAUCUUGUCAUACUGGGAAAGGAUGGACUGGCCAGAGAAUUUGCUAAUGAGAUCAGGACUCUCUGCACAAAUGAUGACUGGUAUGUGUUAGAUGGGAAGAUGUAUGAAUUGACACUGCGACCCAUUGAGGGAAAUGUACGUCUUCCAGUGAAUUCCUUCCAUACCCCCACCUUCACCCCCCAUGGAUGCCUGUGUCUGUAUAAUUCAAAAGAGUCCCUCUCCUAUGUCAUUGAAAGCCUUGAGCGACUCAGAGAAUCAACUCUAGGUCGAAGGGAUAGCCAGCUGGCCCAGUUGCCAACUUCACUGCUUUUGGUCACUAAAAGAGGUGUAGGAUCAUAUAUUGAUAUAGGUGGAGACACUGCCUUAAACCUAAUAACACAGGGACAGCAGGUUGCAAGGAGACUGCAGUGUAGCUUUUUAGACCCAGCCUCCCCUGGUGUGGGCUAUGGCCACCAUGUCAAUGAGAGUCAAAUUAACCAGGUGCUGAGGGGCCUUCUGGAUAUUAGGAGGAGCACAUCUUUUAGUAGCAGUUCUCCACCUCUACUCCCUGAGCCUCCAGGCCUCCGAGACUCUCCUCACCAGCCGGUCCCAGAGGCAGACCUUCGCAUUGUCAUGUGCUUGAUGUGUGGAGAUUCCUAUGACAUUGAGCAGCUCCUGUCCCCUUUCCUAAUGCAUCAGCACUGCAGACCGAUGUCUAAUAGUGGCACUUCUGUGUUGCUGGAGCAGACAGUUGGUGGUCACAAGCUGGCCAUAGAGCUCUCUCUGCUAUCAUACCAUGCCUCCUUCACUUUGCGUAAGAGCAGGCUAGUACACGGCUACAUUGCUGUGUACUCAGUCUCCCGAAAAGCCUCCCUGGAGACCCUGUGUGCAUUCUUGUGUGAGGUUCAGGACAUCAUACCAAUUCAGCUGUUGGCAGUGGGAGAUAGCCAAGCAGAGCUCACUGACAGCGACUAUGCAUGUGAGCAACUUAUCCAGGGGGAGGAACUAGCCCAUGAGAUUGAGGGUCGCUUCAAUAGCUUGGUUUGUGGGUCUGGGGGUGUGGUGGGAGGCCUGCACAGGAUAGAAAUGUUCCAUUCUUUUUUGAUGGAGGUGGUAGAGAAACGCAACAUUGUGGAGGCCACACACAUGUACGAUAAUGUUGCUGAAGCGUGCACAAAUGAAAAUGUGUACUCCCCGCGCUGCAGUUCUCCCAGUCCUGUCACCAUGUUGCUGGAUUCAGAAGAUGAUGUUGAGCCAUCACCCCCAUACUACGAUGGCACACUCACUUCUCAUAGUGGGGGCUUCCACUUGCCUGAUUUAGAUUCUAGUGACAUCUCUGUCAUCUCUGAUAUCAGGGACAUUGAGAAUAAACUCAACAACAAAGUACCCCCCCAAGUGAGAGUUAAACCCGGCGUCACUUUUGACUUCCGCAAGAUGAGCCGUAACCCAUAUAUUGAUACACUCGGACAUCGUCGCUCUCUGCCCUCUGCUGUUACCUGGGUUCCUGGUGGAGAUGUGGGCUAUGAUCCCUCAGAUUAUGCUGAACCCAUUGAUGCUGUGUCAAAGCCCCGCCCUAGCAAUGAAGAGAUCAUCUACUCGGUGCCCCAUGACAGCACACAAGGAAAGAUAAUAACCAUUCGAAACUCCAAUAGGAUGCACUCCAAUGGAAAUGGCUCUGACAGUGAAGCAGACAGCAGCUCUCUGGAAAGGAGAAGAAAGUUCUCAGCAGUCGGGGUGAAGCCCCGGCUGUAUCGUGACCGCUCUAAGCGGCUGGGCAAGUUCAGCAGCUUUCGCACAAGCUUCAUCGGUAGUGAUGAUGAAAUGGGAGCGCUUCCAAAAUCCAAAGAAGAUGACUUUGGGACACUGAAAGGUGAAAGUCUGGUUAAUGAGGAAAUUGAGGAUCCAAAGAAGAGGAACAUUCUGAAGAGCCUGCGACGAACAGCCAAGAAAUCAAGACCAAAGCCCCGUCCAACUAUUCCCAAGCCCUUGGAAAGCAAUUACUUUGGUGUCCCCCUAGUGAAUGUGGUAUCCCCAGAUAGACCAAUUCCGCUGUUCAUCGAGAAGUGUGUUCGCUUCAUUGAGACAACAGGCCUGAACACAGAGGGUUUGUACCGUGUGAGCGGCAACAAGUCUGAGAUGGAGAGCAUGCAGAGGCAGUUUGAACAGGACCACGGAUUAGACCUAGUGGAGAAAGAUUUCUCCAUAAAUACUGUGGCUGGAGCCCUGAAAAGCUUCUUCUCCGAGCUGCCUGAGCCCCUGUUGCCUUCUGCUCUGCAGGUGGAGCUGCUGGAUGCUUUCAAAAUUAAUGACAGAGAACAGAGGUUAUACACCAUGAAGGAUGUCCUGAGGAGGUUCCCCAGGGAGAAUUAUGAUGUCUUCAAAUAUGUAGUGAGCCACUUACACAAGGUGAGCCAGCUGAGUAGACUGAACCUGAUGACCAGCGAAAACUUGUCCAUCUGUUUCUGGCCCACCCUCAUGAAGCCUGACUUCUCCACUAUGGAUGCCCUGACUGCCACACGCACCUACCAGACAAUCAUUGAGAUCUUCAUCCACCAGUGUGCAUUCUUCUUCUACAACCAGCCCCUCAUCGACUCCCCCACCGGCCUGGCGGGCCUUGCGGGCCUCCCUGCCUCACCCACCACCACCCUCAGUGGGAGCUCGGCCUACUCCUCCUACCGCUCCUCUCCGCCCCACACCGCCGCACACUUCAGCCCCCUGCAGCAGUCGCCGCCCACCACCCCCCAGUCUCCCCUGCAGUCUCUGCUCCCUCCCCUCCACCAGCACCCCCACUCCCACCAUUCCCCUGCUGAACAAGAGACACUGUGAGAGACAAUGAAACCAUGUGUGCCCAUGACGAUGCUGGACCUUAUCACCAACACUUAGAAAAAUAGAAAAAAAAAAACAUAAAAAUACAACAUGUGCACACAUUUUGAUCAUGGACAAUGUAGUUUAUGAAGACAGAGAGAUAGAAAAUGUCUGAGAAACUCUCCCAACCUGCUGUUUUUAUUCAUACAUGUGUGCAUCAGGGCAGCAUACUAUUAUCAGUGAAGCUUCCUCUGCCCUCCGAGACUCUGAUCUCUGGCAACUGGAUGUCGGGUCAGAAGUGGAGGACAGGGGUCACUGUCACACCAAGCCUCUCCUCUGUCAACAGCCACCACUUAUGCUACACUACCAAGAAAUAGAAGCCUCUACGCCAAGCUGGAAGAAAUGAUUUGUGGCCACCAUGUUUUUAUCAUGUGUAAAAACUCUUUUAGUUUUUUUUUUUUUUCUUGAAAGUACUGCCACUGGAUUUAUAGACUGGUCCUCUGUAGGUCCUUUGGGCAGCAGUUUGCUCCACAUAGCAGAGGUUCCUCUGUGUCUGCCUUUUGGGUUUGUCUCAUCGGCUCUACUUGAGGAGUCCAUGCGGGGAGGGAGGGGUAAGGGGGCGGGCCGAACACAUCCAGGGAUGCACUUUAAUGAUCACUGUUUUUUUUUCUCUCUCAAAAGGGUUGUUUUUGACAUACUGUGUUCUCGUGUGUUUUUAAUUUCACAGCUCAAACAGCCAUACCCAUUGCCUCUACAGAGCUCUGGCAGAUCAAACCUUGUUUACAUGAUUUUUUUUUGUAUCCACAAACUUAUCUGAAGCACUUUUUUUAUAGUGUAGUGUUAAAUAUGAAGAAAUGCCACACUGAUUAAUUGUCCAUAUUGUUUGUGGUUGGGUGUGGCAUCAGUGCAGACUUGUAACACAUCAAGAUCCCCUUGUAAAAACUUAUUAAGUGGAUCCAGAGGUCCUGUCUUUAGGUUAAUGGGCAAUCUGAAUCCACUCAUGCUCCUCAUUCAUCCAGCCAUGUGAAAAAUAGUUUUGUUUGUCCUCUUUCUAGCCGCAGGUUGAUGCUUUGGGACAUUCGAGUUCACCCUAAUGUCAUGGAAGACUUUGCCUGCUGUUAGUCAAGUGAAGGAGAAAUGCUGCCAUUUUGAAUGUGUAACCGUGUCAUACCAUAAUACAAACUAACAUUACCAUCUGGUGUCCAUGGAAACCAAAUGCUUGAAACCUGAUAGGUCGCUGGAUGUGUUGCUGUGGCUGUCUAUCAAACAAAGCUCUUUGUAUUCAUGUAACAUUAUGGACCUUUAACUAAGAAGGUUUAGUAUUCUCAACGCACUGUUACCGAAUAGUCCUGCUAUACAAUGGCAAGUAGAAUAUUUGUGGAUGGGACACGUUCAGGAAGCACCAGUGGCCGUUUGCCUGCUCUAGUGAAUUAGUUUCAUGCUGGCAUAUUGUCCUCCUUUUUCAUUGGAAACAAACGGCACAUUUUCAGCUGUAGCACUGUUAAUGAAGGCCUGAUUGCUUAAACCGUUAAACUUAUGAGAGGAAGAAGCACUGUCUGAUCCAUGGAGACGAGAAAAAACGAUCGCCAGACAUCAAAGUUCUGGAGGAUUGCGGCUCUGUUGUGGUUCUUGAUCACAACAGAGAAUAAUCAGAUUAUUGGUUUUAUUAAUAUUUGGGAGCAUCAAUUACUGGUACUUUUGGAAUCGUACUGCUGCUGGAAGUCAGUCAUUUUACUUCACACUAAAAUGAAGGCUCGCCCAGCAGCUGUCCCACUAUAACGCGAUUCCUGGGAGUAUGUAACGUAGCGCAUCACUUGACUUCUGAUGCAGCUGUGGCAAAAAUCUGCCCUUCAGUGAGCAAAGCGUGAGUGCAUACUACUCUAUAAUGGUUGUUUAUUUGUAUGUUGGGGAACACCACCCUUUAGUCAAUGGUAGAAAACAUUUCUAGUGUGUAUUUCAAUGAUCGAAAGUCCAUUUUUACAAUUUUUUGUGAAUGGUUCAAGGCCACUUAAGUUUAGUGCAUGAUUUAAAAAAAAAAAAAGUAAACCCACACACAGAGGGAGAAGGAUGGAAACCUCUUCCUAUUUUAAAACAUGAAAUUAGAGCAAAAACAAAAAAAAUAACAAAAAAAAAAAAAAAAAAUGUUGCUAAAGUGAAAUAGCUGAAACAUGAAAAGUUUAUGUAGUGUGCACCGGAAGCAAACCAUGGAAUUUGUCUGACUGCAGAUAAUGUUUGAAGAUGAAGGCCUUAUUGUGAACUGUAUAAUAGUUAAUAAAUUAAAUCUUGUAAAAUUGUC